UACUCUCCUGAAUGUGGCCUUUGUUUUAUUUAAACAUGAAAUACUUAAAUGGUCCAGGCUUUAUUUUUUUCCUGUUUUCUUUGACUGAACCCUUAGCCCUACCCACAAAGUCUCAAGAUGUAGAGCACCUCAAUGGUACCCAGAAAUUCACAGCCGAGAACAUUCCAUACCUGACCGUCAUUGCAUUUGCACAGUAUGUCCAGGAAGCAUCCUUUGAGGAGGUGGAGACGCUGGUGAAGGUCAUGAUAGAUUACAAGGAGAGGUGCUUGGCUGAUAGUACACUUCCCGAGUGUUCAAAAACAGCUAACGAGGCUAUACAGGACGCAAUCUGCACUUUGGAGGGGCUGCCGCAGAAGCUUAAUUUUUCUCACUGCUGCAACAAAGCCGCUAUUCCAAGACGACUCUGUUUCUUCCACAACAAGAAAGCUAAUGUGGGAUUUCUGCCCCGCUUCCCUACUCUGGACCCAGAAGAGAAAUGCCAAGCUUAUAAAAAUAACAGCGGAUCUUUUCUAAACCUCUACAUGUACGAGGUUGCCAGGAGGAAUCCCUUUGUCUUUGCGCCUGUUCUUCUCAGAGUGGCCGCUUGGUUUGAGGAGGCAGCGACCACAUGCUGUGAACAGCUGCAGAAAGCGACCUGCUUUCAAGCCAAGGCAGCUCCCAUCACACAAUAUUUAAAAGCAUUAUCUUCUUAUCAAAAAACUGUUUGUGGAGCCCUUAUGAAAUUUGGACCCAGCAUCGUAAACUCUAUAAACAUUGCUGUAUUCAGUAAAAAAUUCCCCAAGAUCGGAUUUAAGGACCUUACUUCCCUCUUAGAAGAUGUUUCUUCCAUGUAUGAAGGAUGCUGUGAAGGGGAUGUUGUGUAUUGCACCCAGAGCCAGAGCCAGGUUAUAAGCCAAAUUUGUUCAAAACAAGAUACCAUCUCAAGUAAAAUCAAAGAUUGCUGUGGAAAGAAAACACCAGAGCGUGAAGACUGUAUAAUCAACACAAAUAAAGACGACAGACCGGAAGACUUGUCCCCCAGAGAACCCAAAUUUACCGACAGUGAAAAUGUGUGUCAAGAACGAGAUUCUAACCCGGACAAGUUCUUUGCUGAGUUUACCUACGAAUACUCCAGGAGACAUGCUGAGCUGUCGACACCAGAGCUUCUAAGAAUUACUAAAGUGUAUAAGGAUCUCUUAGAAGAUUGCUGCAAGAGAGAGAGCCCAGCAGAUUGUUACCGCCAUGCGGAGGAUAAAUUCAAUGAGACCACUGAGAAAAGCCUUGCAAUGGUUCAACACGAAUGCCAACGCUUCCAGGAGAUGGGGAAGGAUGCUCUCCUCCUCCAUUACAUUGCCAAGUUCACCAAGGCAGCCCCCCAGCUCUCCGCGGAAGAACUGAUCUCCCUUAGUAAGGAAAUGACAACAGCUUUGGCAACAUGCUGCACGCUUACCGAAGAAUUCGCUUGUGUCGAUAACUUGGCAGAUUUAGUUCUUGGAGAAUUAUGUGGAAUAAAUGAAAACCGAACCAUCAAUCCUGCUGUGGAUCACUGCUGCAAAACAGACUUUGCCUUCAGAAGACACUGCUUUGAGAAUCUGAAAGCUGACAUGACCUAUGUGCUCCCAUCGGUCUCUGCACUUGUGUCUGCUUUGCGUGCAGACUGGUGCCAGGCUCACCAAGAGGACCUUCAGCGUAAGAAACAUAGGUUUAUGGUCAACUUAGUGAAGCAGAUGCCGGGGAGCACGGCUGAGGAGCAUCUGUGUUUGCUCACCAAGUUCACUGCAGCUGGGGAGAAGUGUGGUGAAGUGCGGGAGCCAGAAGCCUGUUUCCAUCCAGAGGUGGUUAUUUAUUGCUUUCCCCCUGAGAGUCUAUAGGUGUUUCUGGAAAGAUUAGCAAGAUAGAAUUCCCUAUGGGAUCCUCCCUUUUCUGCGCAUGUCCAAGAGUCCUGCGCUUAAGAGCGCAAUUACCACCAAGCUAAACUUUAGAUGUCAAUUCUAGAAGCUUUCUGCCCUAAGAAAAACUGU